AUGCUCGACACAGGUGCUUCCGACGUGUCAACCGCUGGCCUAGACCAAUUCCAUGCCUGGCAGCGCGAAGACCACUGCGCUACCCUCGAUACCACCCGCGCAGGCCAGACAGGCAUCUCCUUUGGAGAUGGACCCCGGAUUGUGUCUGUCGGCUUUUUCAACAAUCAGACCAACGAAGUCGUCCGCGAUGACAUUCGCGUUCCCGCAGUACGUAAAUGGGGCCACGCAUGGUUCCAUCUAGCUAGACUCCACCGACUGCUUAGGUGUGCCGGGCAUGAUGAUAUUGAUGAGCAGUCAAUCCGUGAGAUCACGAGGAUGUGCCACCACUGUCAAAUCAACGGCACCUCCCCCCAACGCUUCAGGUUUACCCUUAGAGACGACCGCGAGUUCAAUUUCGAGAUAACCGCGGAUGUAGUCCAAAUAGGCGGAAAGCCUGUGCUACACGUGAUCGACGAAGCCACAGCGUUCCAAGGCGCCAGGCAGGUACCUAUCGAAGCCCACAACUCGAUUGGAAAGGUAGAAAAGGCACACGGCCCCCUCCGCCGCGCCUACGAUAUCCUCCAAGCAGAGUUGGUCAAUGACACAGCCGGCCCGGAUGGCCUUGUCCCUACCCUCCUCGUCUUCGGCGCAUACCCACGAAUCAACCACGAUUCACCGCCCUCUCCCCCUAUGAUCAAGCGCGCAGAGGCUAUUCGGAAAGCCAUGGCAGCUCUGCACCGUGCUGCCGCUGCCCGUCAGAGCUUCCCCUGCAGAGCGAGGUCCUCGUGUGGAGAGGCUGACGGCUGGACCGGCCCGUGGAUCGUUAUCGGCAAUAACGGCCACGAAAUAACAAUCAAUCAUGUCAAUGGCCCCGCCCCUCAUCACAACCCCACGACGACUCGCAGCCGUCCCCGACGAGUCGACCCCAAUGCACCCCCUAACCCCGAUCAAGAUGAUGCCCCUGCCCCUGUGCUCCUACCUGAACAACGCCGACGAGGACGCCCCAAAGGCUCCAAGAACAAGCCCAAGACCGGCGUAGCCAACCUGUCAAAGAAGGAAGUUAAUCACUAUGAUCACGCUUCCGAUACCCAAGAGAUUAACAACCUAAUCGCACAGGAGUCAGGUCUCCAUUGGUUCGUGACAUAUUAUAGGCAUCAUCCCGCCGGCUUCGGCAUGGUCGCUAUGCAGACGGAUGACACCCUCCUCCUCGCCUCCCCUGAGAGCCAGCUAUCGGCCGCGACUCCCCUCGAGUUUAAUGGUUGCACACUUCUAGCCGAAAAGACGACCUUAUCAUCCAGCAGAAGGGCCAAGCAAUACGCCCAACAGCGCGCGCGCGGAGCAUAUAUCGCAUCAAUCUGCCAGCCCGAGGCCACGUUCGACUACUCAGUCGCAGCACAAGUGCAGCAGCCGGAAGCCCCGGACUACAAGACCCUGAACAAGCGGAUACAAUGGCAGACCGACAACCUGCAACGAGGACUCCGCUAUGUUCCCUUGGCCUUUUCGACUGCGAAGCUAAUGGUAUUCACGGACGGUUCGUUCGCGAACAACAAAGACCUAAGCUCACAACUGGGCUUUGUUAUUGUGCUCGCCAACGAGGAACAGAGCCCUGCUGAUUUCACGAUCAGAGGCAAUGUCCUGCACUGGUCAUCUACGAAGAGCAAGCGAGUGACCCGGAGCGUGCUAGCCUCGGAGAUCUACGGCAUGGUCCAAGGUUUCGAUAUGGCCAUUGUCAUCGCGACCACCCUGCAGGCUAUUGUCAAGCAGCUGGACCUACCCCCGACUCCCCUCAUUGUCUGCACCGACUCAUACUCGCUAUACGAAUGCCUCGUAAAGCUCGGGACCACGAAGAGAAGCGACUCAUGA